CGCCGCGGGUCGGGGUGUGGCUGGCAGGGGCGGUUGGCCCGCACUUUCCCAGGAGCACCAGGAGGGGCGGGCACCGGUUCUCCAGCCUGGUCCGGGCUGCGGACAGCGAUGCCGCUCCCCGACACCAUGUUCUGCGCGCAGCAGAUCCACAUCCCCCCGGAGCUGCCCGACAUCCUCAAGCAGUUCACCAAGGCGGCCAUCCGCACCCAGCCCGCCGACGUGCUGCAGUGGUCCGCGGGGUAUUUUUCAGCUUUGUCCAGAGGAGAUCCUCUUCCUGUGAAGGACAGAAUCGAAAUGCCUGUGGCCACUCAGAAAGUAGACACAGGCCUCACUCAAGGACUGCUGAAAAUCUUGCACAAGCAGUGCAGUCACAAGUCCUACGUGGAGUUAGCCGAUCUUGAGCAGAAAUGGAAAAACUUGUGUCUGCCGGUAGAAAAAUUCAGAGCUCUCUUGCAAUUGGAUCCUUGUGAGAACAAAAUCGAGUGGAUGAAAUUCUUAGCGCUCGGAUGCAGCAUGCUGGGCGGGUCCUUGAACUCCGCCAUGAAGCACCUGUGUGAGAUCCUCACCCUCGACCCCGAGGGCGGGCCCGCGCGCAUCCCCUUCGAGACCUUCUCCUCCGCGUACCGCUACCUGGCGGGGCUGGACCGCGACGUGUCGCCGGCGGACACGGACACCUACCUGGCCACGCUCAAGACCAACCUAGAGGCCAGGAAGACGACCAUGGUCGGCCUUUCAGACUUCAGCUUUCCAGCGAGGAGGGUUUAGGGGACCUCGGAGAGAAACCUUAGACGGCGUAGGCCAUUAGUACAGAGAAGAACGCGUUCUAAUGUCAUAAUCGUGCUUCUUACCACCGUGGCACCAAAUACAGCUUGUCAUUAACCACACGCAGCGUUUCCUGGAGGAGGUGAUCAAGGGCAGCCUCAGUCCCG